AUGCAAGAGCUGUUAGCAACAGAAGUAGACGUCUACCUCUCGGAGUACGAACAAGAACCGGCGCAAGACAACGUGGUAUCGGCAGACGACGAAGAGCGCCGUAUGAAGGCUGCGGUGGCGAAACGGAUUCACGCAGUGAAAGUCAUCGAAGAGUGCCUCGUCACCGCUGAGCAGAACUCUUUCUGCUCCGACUUCAUAGAAGAGUGCGCUGUUAGCAUGUGGAACAUGGCCAGACCUCUGCUUCUCGCGCCAUCCCGCAGUCUCGUGUAUCGAAGCCUUCACAGGCCCAUUGAGGUGGUGCAAGCUUGGAAUUUGAGUUACAGCCUUCUUGGAGCCUGCUUCAUCCAGCACAAAGGUCAUAUGAACCGGAUGUUUGCCGCGUCCCCGAGUAUCUUGUUCGAACAGGCCAGCGAGGCGCUCGAGAACAUAGAGUCCUCCCUCGCAACCCUUCGAGUGAAUCUGCUCUAUCAAGUAGCACUCUGUGAGGCCGAAGAAGAUCUCCCAGCUGUGGCAAAAGAGUCGAUUGAAAAGGCGCUUUCCAUCGAUUUCAGCACCCCGUCCGAGUCGCGGACACUUUCCGCUUCAGUUGUUUCUGGAACGUCGGCUCACCAGGGAGAUAACCUAAACCUACGAGAGCCCACGCAGUCGCCUGAUUCACGUUGCUUGGAUCGCUACUUCAAAACUCUCUUGGAAUCCAUAAAGCCACAAGUGGUUCUAGACGACGAAUUCGUCAUUCUUGAUCAAAUGCAGCUGCUUGUCGAUAGGAGCAAGUCGGCUCUCUCACUCAGGAACUACCUUCCCAAGAUUGAGGCACUAAAAGAUCAAGCGCUCGCGGAGCUUGCGGAGUCUGAAAAAGAAACCGCUACUCCACUCCACGAUCCCGUGGAGGCGGAGGUGAACCAAACUGGGCGAGAAGCAAAACUCGACAGGCUCUUGAGGCUGAUGAAUAACGUUGCACAACAUGCUUACGCAUACGGCCAGUUUUCGGUGGCGGCAACCUUCUGCAAGACGGUGUUGCGUCUGACAGAGAAUCGAAGGGACGAGCUCUCGCCCAUUCUGCAGGACGACGAGGAAGAGAAGACUCCUGCCGAACGAGACGGAGACAGCGCUCCCCCGGCAGUGCGGCUGAUGGUGCCGGCCCACCAUAAACAAACAGCCAUCGCAGUGGUCCAGUCCUGCUACACCUUGGCACUUUGCCUGAGUCACAUUCUCAAGAUGGAGUUCAAAGAGCUCCCCGGUGUUGACACGAGCAACGGAAAGGUCGAAAGGAUCUCGACGGACAGUGACGAGUUUCCGGUGUCAACCGCCACCAGGCUGGCGGGGCAGAAGAAAGGCACUGCGAAGGCAAUGAAAAUGAAACAAGAUAUUGUUCAGCUUUUGCUUGUGGGCAGUCGCCUCAGCAAGGACUUCGAGCAAUUCUGGCUAAUAUCCAACGGCGCGAUUCACUUUUGGAACCUGCACAAGCACAUCUUGGAAAGCCGCGCGUUUGAUCGGACAAGGAGCGUGUCUUUGCUUGAGCACGUGCAAGAACUCCAGACACAUCUGCUGGUCAAGCACGAGGUUUUCCCAGCCUCGUCGAACCUCGCCGUCACUGAGGAAGCCAUCUCUCGAGCCCUGCCCUUCCUGGGUCGCAGCGGAUGUAAGGACAUCGUCGCCUCUCUCUUUGAAGGUGGAACAGCAGCCUGCACGAAUUCCACUUGGAUUGAACAACUUCUGAAAGCAAACGUGAACAAUGACCCGCCUAUUGCACCGGCACCGUCGCCCUCAAAAGCUGGCAAAAGCGCCAAGCAACAGGCUACGUCCCCCGCCGUUCUCGCUGAGCUUCCUUCCGACCUAAUGGGAGGGGAAAUUCGAGCUCUCAUUCUCAUGGAGAGGAUUUCCAAGGAAACGGACAUUCCGACGAAAGAGAGUUUGAUUACGCGAUGCUACGACAUCAUUCAAGCCAUGCCAGUCGGGACAGAAGCUACCAGAGAUUUACAAGCGGAGAUGAAGGUCCGUCUCGCUGUCAGAGCCUUUAGCUUGCAUACCCUUUUCCUUCGCCUCUCGCUGGCGUUUGCCCUCGAGGCCGUGGGCGAGGACAGGCAACAUGUGCCGUACUCACUGUCGGCCACAAUCAGCCGGCGCAAGCGACUGUGGCUCGGAAUAAGCCACACGGUCGCAGGGCUGAGCCUCUCCAGUAUCCAUUCUGACCGGUCAUGUCCGAAUGCGUCAAGUGGUCAAGCUCUAGCCCUCCUUCACUUGCUUCAGGCGUGCCAGUGUGCACAGUCAACGCAGAACGCUUCACUCGCUCUUUUCGCAUGUCAGAGUUUGUGGAACGUGGCGGCGCCGCUUCUUCCGGUCGCUGAACUCCGGCGCGAUCUUAUCAAUGCCAUUCGAGCGGCGCUGCCGAUUGUCGGAGUGGCGAGACGUUCAGAGGCUCUGCCGACGCUCGCCAAACUGUACCUCGGCCUCCUCUCCUGCUUGUCCGCGGAGGGCGAAUGGAGAGACGUGAUCGCUGUCGCAGACAAAGCCUUUCUGCAGCUGCCCAAGUCCGUCCACAGCCAGGUCUUGAGGUUUCAGCUCCUCGCGAUAAGCCAAAGCGAAAAGAAACCGUUCGCCGAAAUUAGCGAGAAGGCCACGAGUGAGAGCGCUUCGGAAGGAGACCUGCUACUUUUCUGUGCCCGCGCACUGCCGGUGGGACACUCAGACGCGGUGAAGUUGUACGAGAGGGCCAUAGAAAUCAUGGAAGGCUCCUCGGAUCUCAAAGCCGCGGACGCACAUCUCGAGCUCGCAGACCUUUUCUUGCUUUCAUCAGAACCUUGGUCGCAGGUCUCGAAGCAUAUCAAGGCCGCUCUCGCCCUCGCCGACGACGCCGACGACAUGCAGCGGAGGUGCAGUUUUCUCAAGACCUUCAGAGGCGACAAGGGUAGCUCGUCGGAUGCAAAGGAGACCACCUACAUCCCCGAGCUCGGAUUCGACAUUCACCAGCGCGCGAAGACACUGACGCUGCUGGCAACUCCAGAUGCCGACGAGUUCCUGGCUGCUCUCUCUGAUGCGUCAACAGCAGUACCUCUGGCUGGUAAUGCGUUCGCGGGCAAAGUGCUCGAUAUCCGAGACAUGGCAAAGCCGCUGCAGGUUCAAGGGGAACAACCACUGCCGAAACACCCUGUGACCGCGCCAGCCUCCAGCUCAGACUUUGAGGACUCUCGGCUGUUUCACAAUUCCCGCGAGCACAGACGAUUCGAAAACUACAGCCUUGCAGUUGAAGCAUGUCGGACCCUACAGAAUGUGCUAUUUCAGCUUGGCCUCGAAGCCUGGUCAAUUCCGGUUUUACAUCGGCACCUUGAGCUGCUCCGGGCAGCGGGGUCAGAGCCAGGCUGGGUAUUCAACCGCGAGUUUCUCCACCUCGAGCAGACUCUGUGCACCAUGCGCCUUGCCCGAGCGUUCCACAUCUGCGAGGGUGCAACUGGCAAGCAGACAGUUUUGAUGUCUAUGAGCUCCGUGGUUGAUUCUACUUUGGACGCGCUCAGCAAGUUCCUGCCUUCGCUCUUGGCCCGUUCUUGCGACCUGGCACAUGUACCCGGCGCUGGACUCGAAGCCGAAGCAGCCUCCACAUUCUACGUUCAGCAGUUUCAGCAGGCGGCUGCCGCGAAGCUUUUCGUAGAUCUGGCGGAGGAGUUUUACUUCUGGGGGGAGAGCCGCGCGGCGUUCGAGUUUGCCAUUGCGGCGCUGCAAAAGGCCCUAACUGCAGAGGCCACCGAAACGGAGGUUGUCAUCAGAGCGGCAGGCUGCGUCGGUGCGCUGCAGACUGGAGAGGGGCGUGACUCUCCUGCGUGUGUUUUCUUGAAGGCUGUUCUGCAUGCUGAGGGAGGCGGGGCUUCGGCGACGACUCUCGCGGCUGUUGCAGAGACACUGAUACUUGCUCGGCCCCGCUCAGAGAAGUCAGAAAUGUUGGACGAGCUGCUCACGGGGGUCAUUCACGCACUCGAGGAACUCGACAGGCGGUGUCGCACGAAGGACGUUCACCGCGCGGGAGCUAAGAGACUCAGGCCGAAUGAUAUCCCGUCCUUCGACCGUGGCCUGUUACAUGGCGACUCUACGAUGAGUACGAAGUUUUCCGCAGAAACAUUGUUGAUUAAAGAGGAAUUGCCGUCGCGCCCCGUGCUUCAUAGUUUGUGGAAGGCGCGGCUGCAGCUGCUGAGACUCGACCGCUCGGCAGCUGAUCUAGGAGAUCGGCUACGAGUUGCAACGCCUGCGGGCGUCCUAGACAGGCUCACCGCUGUUGUCUCCGAUGUCCAGACUGUGGUGGACUCCCUUCUAUCGUCUCCGCUUUUGAUUUUCAUCCUCCCGCGUCUCGUUCCCCUCUUCGUCAACUUGUGCGACUUGGUGGAAAACUUGCAUCAAGAGCCAGACCGCGUGGGCAGUAUUCCUGAAGAAGGGGUGUGUACACAACGACAGACGGCAUCAUCCCAGACCGAGGCAACCAGCCCCGCUAUCUACAAUCAGGAGCGCGAUGAGUUGAUAGCUCGUCUCCGACGCAUGGCUGCCAUUAUCGGAGAUCGGAUCACUCUGCCAAGUCUUCGCCAAGACAUCCGUCUUUGUCCGCCUGACAUGCUGUCUUCGUUGCAUCGAUCGGUGUCUUUCUUCGGGGUCAUUCGGGCGCGACUGGAGCGGCUCUCGUGCUACACGCAGUUGCUGGAUCCUGCCGCUCCGGAUGUCUCUACGUGUCUCCUGCCGCUCGAAUCCAUGUCUUUUCCUGGAAUGGUGGAGUUUCUCACAGCCUCACGCGAAAGGCGCGCCGUAGACGAGUGGCUUCGAAAGACUGCUCGUCAGUCGGGCCAUCGCGAAGGCAAUGUCAAGGACGCAAGAAGGCUUCUAGGCGAGGCACUCGAUAGCCUUGCGAACCUGGGUACCCUUCCGUACCAGACUCUGAAGGCAGAAGCCGAUAAGGAGAUCGUUGAGUUCCGGAGGCAGGUGCUGCGGAGCCUGAGAGGCGGCGUUGGCCUGGCGUCCGUUUUCAGUCUGAACGAAACGGAGAUAUCUUUCCUAAGCGAAGUGGCAUUGCUCAAUCUGCAUAUUGCUCACGCUGCUCAAGAAUUGCUCCAUCUCGAGAAAGCUGGCGAAACAGAAACGGAAUUUGUAGGCUCCACAGGAACACACGCGUUGAUGUUACAGUCGGGAAAUCUAUUGGCUGCACUUGAGAGAGUCGGCUCGUCCUUCCGUGACACUCGCUCCAUCAGUCCCUGA